AUGCUCACCGACCUCAGCAAGCACGCGACGGCGAUCAUCGAAGCGGCAGACGCCGACAUUGCCGCACACGAAGCCCGCAAGGCUGCUGCAGAGCCCCCUUGGGACGGGUUCUGCGGCCUGGUGCUGAUCUGCGACGAUCCAGAUCUGCGGGAGCCCGGGGUCGUCCGCCGCAUGGCGGCGCCGGCGAGCGAUGCCGCCGACUCCGCCCCAGCCCCGGCAACGGCCCCAGAGGCGGAGGCGGCGCCCUCAAACGCAGCGGACGCGGGGCUGGCUCCGGGCGCAGGCGCGGGCGUGGGCGCGGCGGCGGCAGCAAGCGCGGAGCCGCCCGGCGCGGCCUCCGACUUAUGGGGCCCGGCCGUCGCGGCGGCGGCGGCGGCAGCGGCCGAAGCAGCGCAGCCCCCGCCAGCGCCGCCACAUCGGGAUCGCACCCCGCCGCCGCCGAGCGACCUUGGUGUGGAGGUCGAGACGACCAGCGAGUUUCCUCGGAUCGAUUACGGGUCGAGCGUGGAUCUGUCAAACACGACCGCGGCGCCGGCCGACACCUGCCCGGGCGGUGACGACGGCAGCGGCGGCGGCGCGGCGGGCGGCGGCAGCGAUUGGUACCCCGAUUCGGUGCCUGGGCCGCUUCUUGGUGGCGGCGGCAGCGGCGGCGGAGGCAGUGGCGACGGCGGCGGCGGCGGGGGCCCGGACGGGGAUGACUGGGCGGGCCUCGAGGGCGGCGACGGCGGCGAUGUGCCAUCGUGGGUCGCGGCAUACGUGGUCGCCCCCAGCAGCAGCGGCGGCGGCAGCGACGACGAGGGCGGCGGCGGCGGCGGCGGCGCGGAGGGGCCCAGGGGAGAGGCGGAGGCGGCGCGGCAGCGUGCCGCCGCGCAGGCUGCGCUCGAGGCGGCGAUACUGCGGGCGGCAGAAGAGGAGGUGGCGGAGGAGGAGGCGGCGGCGGCGGCGGCGAUUGAGGGGGCAGGGGAUGGUGCUGCUGACUCAGCGGCGGGAGGCGGACGGUCGGGGGCGGCGUUUGGGGGGAUGAGCGCCGCGGAGGUCGCGGCGGCGGCGGCGGCGGCGAUCGCGGCCGCGUCCGAUAGCGAAGGGGAGGUUCCCAAGCUGCCGCUCUGCACUGCGACUUGCUAG